AUGCCGGGGUGCUGCGGGCGUUGGCGGCGUUGGAUCCGGCCGCUGGUCGCGUUGCUGUUCGCGCUGGCGCUCGCGGUGGCGUUGCCGCUGUGUGUGUGGGAGACGCGGAGAGCCGAGGUGGGCACACACACUAAAGCAUGGUUCAUCGCAGGUGUGUUUGUGUGUAUGACGAUCCCCAUUUCACUGUGGGGGAUUUUACAACAUCUGGUUCACUACACACAACCUGAGCUACAAAAACCCAUCAUCAGGAUUCUCUGGAUGGUUCCCAUAUACAGCGUGGACAGCUGGGUCGCUCUGAAGUACCCCCAGAUCGCGAUCUACGUGGACACGUGUCGAGAAUGCUACGAGGCCUACGUCAUCUACAGCUUCCUGAUGCUCCUGCUGCACUUCCUGGAGGACCAGUUCCCCAGUCUGGUGCUGGUGCUGGAGGUCCAGGAGGAGCGAGCCCUGCUGCCGCCCUUCUGCUGCUGCCCGGCCUGGGCCAUGGGCGAGGUUCUGUUGUUCAGAUGUAAGCUUGGAGUUCUGCAGUACACAGCAGUGAGACCUGUGACCACCAUCAUCGCACUUGUGUGUCAGCUGUGUGGAGUUUAUGAUGAAGGGAAUUUCAGCUUCAGAAACGCGUGGACGUACCUCGUUAUCGUCAACAACGCCUCACAGCUGUUUGCGAUGUACUGCCUGCUGCUGUUCUACCGGACGCUGCGAGAAGAGCUGAAGCCUCUGAGAGCCGUCGGGAAGCUGCUGUGCGUCAAACUCGUCGUCUUCGUGUCCUUCUGGCAGGCUGUGCUGAUCGCUCUGCUGGUGAAGGUCGGGGUCAUUUCGGAUAAACACACUUGGGAGUGGGACAGUGUGGAAGCCGUAGCCACUGGACUACAGGACUUCAUCAUCUGCAUCGAGAUGUUCCUUGCAGCGAUCGCGCAUCACUACAGCUUCAGCAGCCGCCCGUACGUGCGCGAGGGUGACGAGGGCUCCUGCUUCGACUCGCUGCUCGCCAUGCUGGACGUCUCGGACAUACGCGCGGACAUCUCGGAGCAAGUGCGCAACGCGGGACGUACUAUGUUAGGUCGUCCCCGUAAGCUGUUCUUCGGCUCUGAAGCGGAUGUUGUUCAGGGUGAACACACGGGUCUGCUCGCCGGGACGUCCCACGAGCGACUCGACCGUCACUCAGUCCCCGCCUCCCCGAGGGGGGGGUACCAGGGCCUGGGUUACACACACACACACACACCUCACUCUAGCUCCGCCCCCGCCGGCUUCACAUCGUCCUCCUGGGAGAGUGACAGCGACUCCGGGCCGGCGAUAGCCAAUCAGAGCGCAGCAACAGAGUCCUAG